AUGAUGAUGGUGGUGAUGAUGAUGAUGAUGAUGGUGAUGAUGAUGAUGGUGAUGAUGAUGAUGAUGAUGAUGUGUUACAGGCACAUGAUGCACGUGACCUACGAAGAGCGGGACCUGUCCUUCACCGUCGACGGUUACCAAGCCAACCCCAAACUGUCCGUCAUUGUCCUUCAUCCAAACAGGACAUGGGAGAAGAUGGGUCGUUGGGAGAAUGGGACCUUGUCUCUGAUGUUCCCGGUAUGGCCCAGGUAUAACUCGUGGGGAGACGAGGAGGCCGAUGAGAACCACCUGUCUAUCGUGACUCUGGAGGAGAAGCCCUUCGUCGUCGUUGACAACGUAGACAUCCUGACUGGAACCUGCAUGAGGAACUCUGUUCCCU